GUUUGCGGUAUUUUAUGGUGCGCCAUUAUUUAUGAAGGUUUUUUAUAUACGAGGAAAACAUGUAUGUAUCAAUGACUGGAAACAUUGGGCGGGAAUAAUUUUGCUUAGCUUCAUCUUUUUCGUUUUGUUUUUCCUUUUUAUCGUCUCAUCUCCUUGAAAUAGCCUAUCUCUAAUGUCUCUACUCUUGUCCACAUGGGGUCGCCAGGAUGUUAAGGAUGAUACAACAAGGGCAUUUGAUUUUUGGUUGGCAUAACAUUUUAUUAUUGGAUACACAAUUGCUGUAGUUUUUAAAUCGUAUUCUUAAUGCAAUGUUAAAUAUUAUUAGUAUUUUUUUUAAGUAUAGAUGUUGUCUUAACAAUAAACUAGCUCAUAAUCAUGGAUGGUCUCUUGGUUUUACGUUUCGGAAUUUUUUUAUUUCCUUCCCGGCAGAUCAAACCUUGUGCAUAGGCUGUCCUGGCAUGUAACUAGUGUUUGCGGAAGUGUGCCAGAAAUACGGUGCGUUUUGAUAGACGUCUGUUUCCAGCAACAAGGAAAAAUCAUGCCUCCCAAAGACCCGCUGCUUGCCACGCUGAAAGUGUGUAUCUUGAGCCUCCAGUCAGAUGCGGCUGCCAUCACCGAUGCCAGUCCUCAGCUCUCCUCCUGCUGCCAGUUGCUGGAGCUCAUAUUUCGUAAAGGGCUGCAGCAGCCGGUCCUGGGGUUUGUGCGCAGGGAUUACUGGCAUUGUGUGGAGCAGCUCCUCCAACAGGACACCUGCAGCGGGUUGAGUCCUCUCUCUUUGGCAGUGGAGCGGACAUCCGGCUGCAGGAAGCUGCUGACCGCUCAGGGCAGGGGACGCUUCUUCCUGAGGCUGGCGCUCAGCCGGAGGGUUUUGGGAAGUGUCGUCCAGCACAUGUUGCACACUCCCAAGGUGUUAGAGUGGUACAGUGCUGCCAUUUCCAUCUUUAGGAAUGAGGAGCUUGUGGAACCUUUCCUGUCUCUAUUGCUGGUCCUGUCAGAGAUGGAUUUCAAACUCAACAUUGAGAACUGCAGCUUCUUGGAUGAGAGUUGGCUUUUGCCAGUGUGUGAGGUGUACGAGGCAGUGCCAUGUCGGGAAUUGGGGAUGGUGCUUAGGUACCUCGGUGGUCGUGUCUUUGUGUUGGAUCUAAUAGAGGGCAGCCAAGCCCAGGUAGACAGGUGUGCUCAACCAGGUGAUGUCAUUGAUGAGAUCAAUGGGAUAUCCCUAAGAAACGCCAGCAAUGGACAGGCAGGUGUGGUGCUGGCAAGGUUGAAGGGUCGCCCGUUGUCUCUGCGUUUGCUUCGAUGGAGGCAAGAGGACGGGACAGUGUACACACCCUUGGUAAAACUCCUGCAAGCCCUCCAGCAAGAGAACCCGUCCCUGAAACUGAGCCCAACCCAAAUGCCCCACCAACAAGGCUGUGACGGCCACCAGCAGGGACAGUCACAGUGCCUUAAAGAGGGCAGGAUUGUGUACAUUGUGCAAUACCUUGGAAAGGCAAACAUUGGAAUGUAUGGGGGUAAAGAAGUUCUGCAGCAGGGUAUUCCCCUGGUCCUGGAGAAGAAACACCCCAGUAAGACAGUACUGUUUGAUCUGAAAGAAACUCACUUGACCUGCACUGAAAAAUCAAACAAGCAAGAACUUUUCCAGCAUCACUACCCAGAGAUUUCAUGUGUGGGAAGAUACAGUCGGCCAGACUACACCAUCUUUGCCUUCUGUGUGGCAGACUGCCCGGAGACCCCUGAAUCAAAUGGCUUCUGCUGUGUGGUUCUGCAAGCUGGCUCUGCCAGGGAGUGUGAAGACAUUGUCAGCCGUAUUGCCACUGGUUUCAAGCACACAGAGUGGUUUGUGUGACUCCACCUUCCAGGAUUCUGCCAAUGAUUCGGCCAAUGAUCAGUGACCUUAUGCAUUCCAUUUGGGGCCCCUCAGGAAUCUGGUCCACUUUAUUGAAGAUCUUUGAAAUAUUUUGAGUAGUAGCAGACACCUCUUGAAAUCAUGUGCAGUUUUGCUGGACUCAUACAUUGGAUGUUCAUUUACUGUGUUCAGCAAGUUACCAUUCUAUUUUACUGGACAGAAACCUUAAAAGGAGGCAUUCCAGAUGUUAAUCAUUCCAGUUUACAAAAUUGACCUAACCAUUGAUAGUGCUCACCAUCGGCUCUUUACAAAGUCAGUAUUGUAUUGAGGAAUGAUGUGAAGAGGAUUCACCUUGUGUAGUUUUUUUCCCCCAUUGUGAAUCAGUGUUAAUGUUAAUGGACAGUGUUUUGUUGUGCAUUAGAACAUUGGUGCAUAUCAUAUGGCUUUCCAUGUUACCAUAUGAAAGAUGUGAUCCAAGCUUGUCCCACUGCUACAUGAAAGUCCCAUCAACAAUUAAGCUUAAUUUGUUCAAAAUUGUAAUAGCUCCAAAAACCUGUAACCACAUGUCAAUUGUUCUGUAAGCUAUGUGAUUAAAAUAUUUUUGUACCAAUUAAUGCACUUGUCAGUCUACAUUGGUAGUCCUUAAAAUGAGCAUUUAGUGGAGCAGCAUGUGCACUUUACAAACCAUUUUAUACUCAGUUUAGUUUCCAUGAAAAUGGGGAAGUGUAUUCUAGAGUUUGCCUUGAGCUUAUGCUGAAACGAUACACACACUUUCGUGUUACUCUUAAAAGUACUUUAAUAGAAAGACUACAAUGUGACAAAACUUCAUAAAUAGUAUUGUAGCUGCCAAGGUUUACAUUUGAAAAAAAAUAAAAAUAAUGUAUAAAAAGCAGCCCAGAAUAUACAAGGGGUCCACACUGCUCCUGAAUGACAAUUUAGUGACAUGAGUAUCCAGCCAUACCCAGACAACACAUGGAGAAUACUGCACUGUGUGGGGGGGGGCUGGUUAACUGCUCAGAGUGAGGUUAUUGCAUGAGGGACACAGCAAAGUCAAAGCCCCUCAGAGGCUGGAAGGAGUGAAGGGAGGAGAAAAAAAAAAGAAGCUAAUUACAUUUGCAACAUAACCACUAUCCCACCCAUGGCAUCUGAUGCUAACAGUAUACAGCCUAAUGGGUUUUUUCUUUGCAUGUGAAGAAGUUCCCUGCAUUUUUAUUAAACCAUUUAAAUUAAAGGUAAUUUGAGAAGCAUCAAGCUAUCCUCUGUAAGAGUUAAUAAACCCACUUCUCCACAUGAAAGAAAG